AUGACCGCCGCUAUCAAGGAAGACGUCCUCACAACUGUAUCGACAGAGGCUGCUACAAAUUUCGUUCAAUCUUAUUACUCCGCGCUUGAAAGCGCACGACAAACCCUGGCAACCUUCUACGCUCCAGCAGUAUCCAAAAUUAUAUUUAACGGCAACGUCGUAGCCGACGGCGCUUCCGUCCAAGAUAUAUUCGUCAACCAACUACCUCCUGCGCAUCAUGAAGUCCAGUCAUUUGAUUGCCAGGUUCUAAACCCAAAUUACCCCACGAUCCCACCCACACAAGCCGACAACACGGCAAGCCCAUUUGGAGCCAACCCAAACCGAAAUACCCCAGAUCCAACCAAGAAUAUGUCGAUACUGGUCAUUGUUAGCGGCUAUGUGAAGUUCGGAGAAGGAAAGGAAACGUGGGACUCACCGAAUAGAGGGUUCAGUGAGACGUUUGUCCUUAUUCCAAAUCCACAGGCAACCGGCGGGCCGAAGGGUCGAGGAAAGCAGUGGUUGAUACAGAGCCAGAACUUUAGGAUUGUCGUUUGA